UCUGUCGGAUUCAUGCAUGCACACAACUCAAUUAUUAUGCAGCCCAAUUAUUUAAUGCAACUCUGAUUGUUAUCUUAUCUCUGCAUUACUCUCUCUAUAUAAGGGUGUCGAAAUUCAGAUAUGUUUCGUAGCCAUUCUCAACUUAUAUUCAAGAGAAGAAAUUAGAGUAUUAAUUCCAAAUGGAACCAACAUCCCAAUCCUUUUCUCACCCAAAACCCAUUUCUUUGAAAGAGGAGCAACGUCGCUCAGCAAAUUAUCAUCCAAGUAUUUGGGACCCUUCUCUUAUAAAAUCCUUUACCACUCCUUACACGUAUGAAUUCCACGCUACUGAAUUGAAAGAGCUGAAACAAAAAGCUGGACAUUUGUUUGCCUCAACCAAAGACACUGCUGCCUUGUUAAAGCUAAUUGACUCGUUGCAGAGGCUUGGAGUGGCCUACCAUUUUGAGAAACAGAUUGAAGAAGCUUUGAAUCAAUUUCAUGUUGAUCAGAAUGUCUCCAACGACCUUUCCAUUGCUGCGUUGCAUUUUCGACUUCUACGAGAGCAUGGUUAUCCAGUUAGUGCAGAAGUUUUCCAGAAAUUCAAAGGUGGAGAUGGGAAAUUCAUGGAUAGCUUAAGUGGGGAUGUUGAAGGGCUUUUGAGCUUGGAAGAAGCUUCAUUCUUGGGAGUAAAAGGGGAAAAUUUUCUUGAAGAAGCAAAGGGAUUCACCAGUGAAAGUCUCAAGGCUUUACUAGGGAAACUUGACGAAGUUAAGGCUAAGCAUGUUCAACAGUCGCUGGAGGUUCCACUUUAUUGGAGGAUGGAAAGGAUUGAAGCACGAAACUUCAUUGACUCCUACCAGAGGGAUGAUACACACCGCUCAGUUUUGCUUGAGUUGGCCAAGUUAGACUACAAUCUUACCCAAUCAGCUUACCAGAAAGAGCUGAAAGAACUAGCAGACUGGUGGAGGGAAUUGAACUUCAAGGAGAAGCUUAGUUUCAGCCGAGAUCGAUUGAUGGAAAUAUAUUUCUGGGCUACAGGGUUAAGCUUUGAGCCCCGAUAUGCCAAAUGCAGGAUAUGCGCCACCAAAUAUGCAUGCCUAGCAACAGUAGUUGAUGACAUUUAUGACAUAUAUGGAUCUCUUGAUGAACUUGAAAGUUUCACAAAUGCAGUGAUCGGGUGGGAUAUGAAGGCCGUCGAAGAACUUCCAGAGUACAUGAGAGUAAUGUUCUCGGCCAUGUCCAACUUCACUAAUGAAUUAGCCCACGACACCUUGAAAAGUCAUGGCCUGAAUGUUCUGCCCUACAUCAAGGAACAGUGGACUAUACUAUGCAGAGCACAUAUCACAGAGGCCAGAUGGUUUUAUGGAGGUCACACUCCAACUUUUGAUGAAUAUAUAAAAAAUGGAUGGAUAUCAAUUGGAAGUCUUGGAGGAUUGGUUCUUCUUUGUUUUGUAGAGGCAAACUCCAUGGUUGAUCAAUUUCCACAUUGUCUCGAUGACUUUUCUCAAUUAUUUUACUGGUCAUCCCUCAUUACUCGACUCAGCGAUGAUCUGGGUACCUCCAAGGCUGAGAUGGAGAGAGGGGACAUACCAAAAGCAGUGCAGAGUUACAUGAUUGAAAAAGGAGUGUCAGAAGAAGAAGCACGAGAUCAUGUGAAAAACAUGAUAAGCUAUUCAUGGAAGAAGAUCAAUGAGGAAAUAGUUGACAAAUCUUUCCCUCAAAUUAUUGUGAACUUAUCAAAGAACAUGGCUAGAACUGCACAAUGCAUGUACCAGCAUGGAGAUGGAGUCGGUACGUCCACUGGAGUGACUAAAGAUUGUAUUGUUUCAUCCAUCCUUAAGCCCAUUCCCAUAUAAUAAGAAUAUGGAAAUUGUUUUAGAUGUUAUAUCGAGGGAGUAUUUUUUUUUUUAACACUUUUUGGCUGUAAAAGUGUUAAAUAUAUUAGAAUGUUGUUGUAGGAAAUAAAUGAAUGUUAUUACGGUCCUCAAUGGGUGACCAAAUGAUAAUAUUUGUUAUUAAACUUGGAUUGUAUUUUUCAUCUAUUCUUAUAUCCAUUCCAAUUCAAU